UGUCUUUAUAUAUUCAUUUUAUCUGAAAUGAACAGGAAGUUUAAAACAAUUUCAAUGUGUCAGUGAGAAUUAACUUGACAGUUGAAUUUGCAUUUGAAAAUUAUCUUUGCUUGUUCGCUUUCAGAUUCAGCUGAUCAUUUGUAGGACAACUCGUAUUCGUGUGAUAUAAAUAACGACAAUGUAUUUCACGACAGCAGAACACAUAAAUGUUACGUUUGUUAUAAUUGUAGCGCUAUGGAUAUACUCCGAUGCAACACUACAGAAGAAUUUACCUGAAGUGUUUGGAUGUGUUGGAAUGGAUAAAGUGAUACCUUUUAUUGAGAGUGAUGUUGCUCAAGUGUCAAACUUUGUAUAUAAAGUGACUAAGCCAGGGUCGCCCCACUUUCCAAUUCUUGUUUACGAAGUUACAGAAGGACGUGAAACUAUACUGAAUAACUACAAUGUUGCCUAUGGCUCUCAAAAUGAUGGAAGAAUAACGCUUACAAACCCAACUAGUGAUAACUCUGGAAUGUACAGAAUAGAAGUGACAUACAUGAUUGCAUCUGGAUUAGCAGCUGAUUAUACUGAAGUGACUGUAACAUUCUCAUAUAACCCAACUGCCAGCUUAAACUAUGAGGAUGGUUCUUGUAAGUUUGAUGGAGGAACAACUGAAAACCUUGUCCUGAAGGAGGAGGUAAACGGCACUGGUAAAUAUUGUUGUGUGACUGGGGCUUCUGCAGCAUGCAUUGACGGUUCCACUGGGACAACAUACUGCAUUGAAAUUCAAGACCAUCUUAACACCUUUUCAUUAAAUUAAUGAUAUCACAACUUUAUCUUUUGCAAUCGCAAAGGUUUUAUUUAGUCUGGAAUAACUAAAUAUUAUAAGACCUAACAGUUGCCGACAUCAGUGAUUGAUAUAACACACUCAUUAGCUUAUAUUUCUUGCACAUAUGUUUUUGUUACAUUGAUAUGAACGGUCGUUUGGUCAGUCGGUUGAUCUGUUAGCAAAGGUUUGUGGAGUGAAUUUUUCCGACACAUUUAGAGACAUCACUCUCAUGAUCGGCACACAUUUCACCCUCGGGAUCGGUGAUGACAUCCUGAACUGUUGCCCUCGGCAUAUCGGCCUCGAGACAACAGUUCAGAAGUCAUCCCCUCCACCUUGGGACAAUAGUUUUGACUGUUACACAAAUGCCCAUGCAACAACUGUAUACUAAUUCCAUAAGCUAUGACUGCCCGUCCACAUUCUUGACUGUUACUGAUUGUUGAUGACAAUCUGGUGAUAAAUAAAUAAAUCCAUGCCUUGAAUUCCCUUCAAAAUAAUAAAAACUUUGAUGUGAAUGUUUUUCAGUAUAAUUAUAAUCUUAUUAUAUUCGUAUGUUGUUUAAUAGGUUAGGUUUUGAAAAGUGUGCUGUUUGUUAAUUUAUUACAUUACAUGUUAUGUUGGUUCUUCUUGUUUUAAAUUUGGCUUAUUGUUUCCUAUGAUACUAAAUUGGAUCAAUGUUGUUUUAUACUACUGGGAUUAGGUUUUUGAUUAAAAUACAAAAGAACCAACCUCUAUACACAAGUUCUGUGCCAUUUGUACAGCACUCGUUUCGACCCCAGCAUGUGUAUGUUGUUCCUGCUGAAAAAACAACAACAUUGCAAUUGUUGUACAUACAAGCUACACAAGUCAUUGUUUGGAAACGUGAACAUAUGUCCCUUCCUCCUUUCAAGCUUGUUUAAUACUGCUACAUUAGUCGUUAGGGAAUAUGGAGUAGAGGUUUGGUGUCGAAUAAUCGAACUAAUUACACUUGUUACAGAAAAUCUUUCAAGAGGUAAGGAGAUAUUUAUCGGACACAAAAUACAUGGCUUGAAUCUUUGUCCUUGAACUGUGUGACCUUGUACUUGAGCCGUCGCCCUUGAAAUAAAUGUUAUACACGCCGUCUUGCUGUGGUGAACCAUUGAUCCGAUUGAAAUGCAACUCUUAUAGAGGGGUUUACGGGAUAUUGUGCGAACACGAAGUAAAACAAACGGACGGACGGAUGGAAUAAAUGACAUCUAUAUACUAAAAACAAUAAAUUUCCCCGUGCGUAACAUAGAGCCAGUGUAACAGGGUUGAGUUCUAAGUUAGUUUACACUGGCGUUUUUCAAGGCGGUUGGCCCAAUAUUUAACACAUUUUGUGGAAAUUUAAUAAUUAGUGAGGGAAGGAACUCUUUCUCAUUGCCGAAGGUUAGGUUGUCUGCCCUUUAUGACUGUGUUUGACGUAAGCUUUAUUAUCAGUCGGCGCCCUUUUAGUCAGCGCCGACUAUAUUUGAUAUUACUUAAGAAUUAUCAAUCGUAACAACUCGGCCAUCUCCGGCAAGCUUCGAGCCAUAUCUUGAUACUAGUCGAGGAGUUCCGAUUGAAGAAUUAUUCCAACUAAGGGACCAAUUCAUAAAUUGCAGAACAAUGCUCUCAAUAUUUUCCACUUUGCUAGAUAAAAUGUGAAGAUAAGUGUGUUUUAUAAAACUUUACACUUUAAUUGAUGAUGAAACCUUAAAUUAUAAUAGCCCUGCUUAUCAUUUUGAAAAUUUUGACUCUAAAUAACAACUCGGCCAUCUCCGACAAGCUUCGAUAGAUACUGGCCGAGGUGUUCCGAUUGAUACCAUUCCCCCUUAGAUGAAGGUUACACGAUACUAUUACAAUAUCCUUUAUGUUUCUAAACCUCCAACGCAGUAAUCUCCCUUGGCGACAGCAAAAAGGCGAGUUUUUAAAAAAUUACAUUUAGCUUAAUUGUUUGUUUUGAAUAUGUCAUUCGAAAGAAUGUACUCCAGAUAUUUCCCCGUUCUAUUUACUCAAGAAUAAAAUGCGCUCACAAAAACAAAAAAUACAAUAUAUAUUUAGCCCGGAAUUGAAAUUGCUAUUGAAAUUCAUGUAUUAGACCAACGCCUCUUAUUUCUUCCGAAGUAACGUGUGUAUAUUGCUGGUAUAAUUUAGUUUGUACCGGAGGAUUAGCUUGGAAAAAACAGAAUAUCUAUAAUUCCGGGCUUAAACUAUUGUAACAAUAUUAACAACCACAAUGUCCUUCGAACAUCUGUAUACCCAACAAAUUAUCAAUGAAGUAAUAACCAUUAUUUGGUUAUCUACAUGCACGUUUUUUCUUCUAAUUUUAUUUCGCCGACUUGAUGCUAUGCAUCAAUUUUUUUCUUGUAUCUAUGAUAAUUUCAUUUCCAAUCUAGAAGCCCAAUAUUUCGGCCAAGUUAAAUUCAUAUUUUACAUUAAUUUUGUCUUUGUUUUUCCUGGAUGCAAUAAUUUACCAAUAUUAUAGAUACUUUUUUUUAAGCAAUCAUGCUUAAAGUAACAUUGUACUGUUACCAUUGUGUAGGAAAGUGGCCUAGUAGGCUUCAUACAAGGGUAAUCAAUUAAAUUAUUAAUGUUAUAUAUAAUUAAAUGAUGUUAAUGAUGUAUAAAUUAUAUUUAGAUGUUGUUUCAUUGAUACCGUUAUAGUCGUACGAUUGUCAAAAUGCUAGUAAACAGUGUGUGUAUACCACGUGAUAAAUUGCGUCAUAUAUGUGCUACGUCGAAAGGCAACAUUUUGAUAAAAUGAAGACUUAAAUCAAAGAUUUCUUUUCUUUUACUCCAACAUUUUAAUUAAAACAAUGGGCAGUCUUUGUCUAGUAUUAUUACCGAAGUUUGAUAUGGUGAUGGGUUUCAUCAAACACUUGAAAACCUGUUUUCAAAAUAAUGUUUUGACGGCCGUAUUGUGAAAAGGUUUGUCGAAGUUUUUAAAGAAAAGAAACUAAACUCUUAAUCAAACUCUGGUCAAUACCCGAAGGCGGAGCUCCGUAUAAGCGGCGCUAAGUUUCAUUCAAUAUGUUGAAGGAAUAGUGAAGUUAUCUUUGUUUAAGGUCUACAUUCUAAACAAAAUAUUGCCUUCUGACGUAGCAUUUAUGACGCAAUUUAUCACGUGGUAUCCACACACUGGUAUAGAGGCAGUUAUGACAUUGUGCAAUGUGACUAUUCUAAAGCAUUUCAAGUGACAAGUUUUCAGAUUAUUUUUGAACGUUGAAGAUUUAUUGUAAAUAACACAGGCAUCUGAAUCAUUGUUUGUCACUAAAAUGUUGUUUAAAACCAUUUUGGGUACAUAAAUGACCAAAAAAGAAACAUAAAGUCACAAGCGUGUUAAUGCACCAGUCAAUUGUAACCACGCCCCCCCCCCCCUCCCCCAGGUCCGUGGAAUAGCGGGGACAUUGACUUUUGGUCCAGUCAACCCCGGCUAAAAUCCCCACCCUGCGGGAACGAACAGAUGGUAAAAUCCCCGCCAAAUGCCGCCGCACCCCAGGGACCAUAGUUAAUGUAUAUUCCCCGCUAUAUUUAAAGCGAAGACAAAACCAACGCAUUUGCCCGGCACUACGGGGCCACCUGAAAGGUAAAAACACGGCCCAUUUCCCCGGCUAUCCCCGGUAUACCCCCGGACCAGAGGGGGGGGGGGCGUGGUUACAAUUGACUGGUGCAUAAUGCUACUUAGUACACACAAACCCAGCAGCUGAAUGAUAUAUGCCGUCAGAGCUGUGAUGUCAGUUGAUUUUUGACAUCCUUUAUUUACGAAGUGUUCUACGUGGUUGGCACGCAUUUAAAUGAUACAUUUGUGUUUGUACAUAUUAUUAAAAUAGUACGAAGUAUUGAAAUUGAUUUUA